ACAAAAUGGCGAACAUAUUUGUUCUUGUCAUUUUGCUGUGAUGCUUGCUCGCUGUACAAAAUCUAGUAUUUUGUUGCUAUAAAAUGGCUGACACCGGUUCACGUAUGAAUUUCGCUGCUUUAAAAAGAGCAGAUCCUUAUGUAAAAGCAAUAGUUGAUAGUGCCACCCAUGUUGCGCUUUAUACAUUCGAAGAGAACGAAUGGGAAAAAACUAACAUCGAGGGCGCUUUGUUUGUGUACAGUAGAAAUGGAGAGCCGAACCAUAGUUUAGUGAUUAUGAAUAGGUUGAACACGAACAACCUCAUCGAACCCGUGUCGAAAGGAAUCGAAUUACAAUUGAAAGAACCUUUCCUACUGUAUCGAAAUGCCAAAUGUCGCAUUUACGGCAUAUGGUUCUACGAUAAAGAAGAGUGCGUCAGAGUGGCCACGAAGCUAAACGCGCUGGUAAAGGAGUCAAUUAAGCAGUCGCCGGGUGAAAAUAUGCCGCAGAACGCGGUAUACAAUACGUCCACGACAUCCAGCCAGCCGGUCGACAUAUUCAGCAUGCUGAGCAAGGCGCAGGACGACUUCAAUUCAAAUAAAGGUCUAGCGAAUAAGAAUGAGUCCACGCCGUCACGGGCCUCCGACAUGGCUUCCCAGAGUGUCAUGGACUUCUUUGCGAAAGCGGGUAGUGGUGCUGCGGCGCAGAUGCCCGCCGUUUCCUCUUUACCCUCGCCCGGAAUCUUUGGCCCGCGUGCAACGGACGCGAGAGAGGUGCCUCAACUGUUGCAGAGGCUCAUGAGUAAUCCUGCACACUCAGUUGAACACAUAGAGAAGCAGCAACGCUCUGUCACUCCUCAGGAGGGACAGAACUCGAAUGGUAACAUAGCCAUAGACUCGGCCAUGAGGCAGCCAUGUGUGUUCCCAUUAAAAUCUACACCUAAUGAGAAACAAAAUCAGAGGAUAUCUGGAGUUAAGAAGGGUUUGGAUGGGAAUGAUUCUAAUGGUCUAAUACCGCUGGAAAAUGAGUUGAACUUGAUGAGGAUGUCAUCACCAAAAUCAACAUCUCCUCUAGCCACCUAUCUUAACCAAUCCCAGGACAUUGGUCAUCCGCAGAAGCCGGCCCUGAUGCCACCCACCAUGUUCACUGCGAGUACCGGUGGCGACGUCCAGCCCACUCCGGAGCCUCUCACCAGAAAUCAGCUGCUUCAAGCUUUCAACUAUCUACUCAAACACGACGCUGACUUUGUCAACAAACUGCAUGAGGCUUACGUAAAAUCUUUUUCAGAAAAAGCCUUUUCAGUGUCAUAAAAUUCAUUCUUUUACGACCGUGGCCGAUUUUGCCGGCCACCAGUAAUGUACAGUUGUAAUUUGAAGUGUAAAAUCUCCUAAAACAUUGUCCACCUUCUAGUUUUGUAGAAACUCAUUAUUUGGACAGAAUAUUUUAUAAUAAGUUUUAAACUACAAAAUGUGUCAUUGUAAUCUGUAUAGAGAAUGAAUUUUAGUGACUUGUCGCCUUCUGAUGGGCGAGUCUUGUAAAUGAUUCCUUAAGCAGCUAUUUGUGAUAUUUCUAUUGGCUUCAGCUUAAGGCUUGAUGAAAUUCUGACACAAGUCCCAGCAUAUACCUAGUUUAGUAUAUUGAUUUGUUAAAGUAUGAACACAAAUUAAAGGACAAUACAUAUUUCUAUCUCGUAGAGAUGACAAAGCUUUACAGAUAUGUUUGUUGCAAUAAAAUUACGAAAAUAAGGAGAUAUUUUGAAAUUAGACUUUGUUUGUAAUUUAUAUAAGGACUGCAAAAAUUUGCUAUUUGUUUACAAUGUCUAUGUUUACUUAAUCUGUUACUGGUAGGUGUCUCAUUUUCUAGUUUUAUUGUAUGUGAAACAUUUUUAGACAUGUAAAAUUUUCCAAUAGUUUUCAUUUAAGUUUCUACAAGGUUUCCUACUUAAGAUUUCAAACAAAUUUUAGUUUUUUCAGUCAGUAAUAAACUUUUUCCUGUAUAUAAGACAAACUUAAUUGGAUAAAUAACUUCUUAAUAAAAAAAGGAAAACUAUUUGAUUUUGGAGAAACGAAUUUUUUAACAUAUAUUUCUCCUAAGAAUCAACUUUGUACUUUACGGAUGUUAUGUUGUGCAUCCAUGUUAAAGAAUGGUCAUACUGGGAAAUGCCUAAAUUUCCACUGGGAUUUACAAUCUUUUCCCAUUAAUGAUAAACACCAUUUUGAAAAAAAAGGCGUGUUUAUAUUUUGUUGAAACAAACACCAUGAGAUAGUAAGCCGAUUUUACAAUCAGGUAUAAAAUAUCAAAAUGCGACAAAUUUAAAAUAAACUUCUUACCCAUGACUUGUGAAAUAAAUAGCUUAGUCUUCGCCUUUACAGAAAUUAAAAUGACAUGAAUUGAUGUAAACAUUACAAAUCAUUGUACUGAGGAGCAAUUCUAAAGAUAGUCUGGCCUAGAUAAUUCAUUAUGUGAUUAGCGCGAUCAUUUCUUACGAACUUACCAAUACUCUACAUGCUCCAAUAUUUCUUGUAUCUAGUUCCGGCGUAAAAUAGUUUUUGACAAUUUUCCGUUAGAAAUAUAUCAUCAAAAUAGUCUCAAAUUAAAGGGUUCAUUGAAUUAUA